GGAUAAUAUACCCUAGAGUACGAAGAACAAUACCAGUACGAAGAAGGAGGUUGUGGCUAUAUCGGAAUAUGCUUUACCGUCUGUCAGAUCCUCGUCCAGUAAAACCAUCGAUCCGCUUUGCCUCAUGAACAUCAUCAGGGUUAUUGCAUCGUGGGUGCUGAUUGCGUCACCGCUAUUGAGCGAUGUCCCACCAGCAUUCACACAACCGUCAAGUCGGGAUCAAAGUACUUCAUGCCGUGAGAACAUCAAUGAAAAUACUAGUAUAUACGAAGUAAAACUCGUUUCAUCAUUAGAAAAUAACGUUACAAUCCAGACGCAGCAACCGUCGUCCCUGCAUCCAUUUCAGUUAAUAAAAGGGUCCUACAAUUGGAAUUUGCUGACGCCGGCGUUUGUAAAGUUAGAUCGGGAAACAACAUCUCAGUUUAUUUUUGUGUUCAAUGCUACAGACGGAAAGCAAAGUGAACUUAGCGUGGGGCUGACGUUGGAUAUACUGGACGAAAAUGACAACACCCCUCAGUUUACAAAAAGUUCAUACACAGGGACUAUUUAUAAUACAGGAAACGCAGGAGACUACAUAUUAACGAUACAAGCAGACGAUAAGGAUCUCAAUCCGAACAUCACAUAUUCUAUAACAGGUGGAGACGUUGGGAACACGUUUUCGUUAGACCAAUACACAGGCCAGCUGACUUUGAAAACGCCUGGUAACCUCGAUCCGGUAACGACGCCCACUUAUACCCUCACAGUUCAGGCCAGUGAUGGUAAUACGUUUAACACCACUACUGUGACUAUAAACGUCGUAGCGGGUCCAUGUUCCUCUUUCCCUUGUAUGAACGGCGGGUCGUGUGCAGUGAAUGGGAUGGCAUUCACAUGCAGCUGCACAUCAGGAUUCCAUGGAUCCAAUUGUAAUGAAACAGGUCCGAAUACAAGAGAUACUUGCGUCUCUAAACCUUGCACAAACGGUGGUACGUGUACGUCGGCUGGAAUAACGUUCAGAUGUCUGUGUGUGUCUGGUACGACGGGAAAUACGUGUUCUCAAAUCGUUGCAACGACAGUCUCACAGAAUGAAACACAAGAGCAAGAAAGAAAGACUGAUAGUUUACUCGCAGUUUACAUCGUCGUUCCAAUUCUGGCUCUAUCGGGAAUUGUGAUCGCUGCGAUUGCUAUUUAUAAACAUAAAAAUGACAAUACGGUAGAUGACGACAAUGUGCAAAACGGACAGGCAACCAAUGUUUUGACGGUAGACAAGUAAUACACUUGGAGCAUAUAACACACUAUGGGUCACACUGUCAUCAAUUGAUUUAGUCUUUAGCAAGUCAUGGUAGUAAAUUAAGCGCCCUUAGAUUAACUUUACUCUUUAAGUGGCGCUACCAGUUGCUAACUUAUAUAUUAUGUGUUAAUUAUUAUGUUCCUCUUCAUUGAUAAACAAAUCCAUCGAUUACUUUAUGUAGAUUGUUAUUGCAAAACAACAUGUGUAAUUGUUUACUUAGACUUGUUGACUCAUUUUUCAAAGUACAAUAUUUUCUCACGUACUCAAUGUUGACCUAUGUGGCGUAUAAUGGAACACAAUAUCAUUAAAAUCCUUAAAUUUGUGAAUGGCGGAUUAUCGUUAAAAACUGUGGGCAUAAUGAAAAUCAAGUGAUAACAAUUUAACAUAAAAAGGAGUAGGUUACAUGAAAACUAUAAAAAAAAAUGUUGCUAACAGCUCAUUGAUCACGUUUUCUACGUAAAAGCAAUCUCAGUGUAUGCUACAAUGAGCAAGUGGUUUUGGUGUAAGCAUGUUGAUGCAUAUGUCUCGGCUUGAAACCAAGUUUUAGCUCACACUGUGUUUUCCCUUCUUUUUUCUAUUGUAUUCACGGCAUCAUACUUAAUCAUGUAUAAUGCUUACAUGCGUUUAGUUAAGCCUUUAUUUACAAUGUACCCAAACGUGGAUACCAUUUCUUAGUGUAGUUGUAAUAUUUAAUAGUGUCACUGUAAUUUUUUUAUAAUGCAAUUUCCCCUUAAUUAUUCGCUUAAAUUUUGUUCAACAUGUAUAACUAUACAAUUUUCACCUGUGAAAUGUGGAUUCUACAUCAACUGAAUUGUUGUAUUAUUUUAUCUUAUGGUUAACCUUUUCAAAUUGCAUCUUAUAAGAUACUUUUUGUUAUCGCAAUUAAUACGGUUCUUUUAAUAUGACCGAUCCGGUGGGUCCUGAUUCUGGUGACAGUUUUUGACCCGUCUUGCAAUAAGUUCAUGUAAAUAAACGCCAUAUUGUAAGUGUAGUAAAUGCGUGCAACUAAAUUAUUAUCGCCUUUGAAUAAUUUCUUCAGGCCAAAUACCCAAACUCGUACUUACAUAGAUCUUUUCCAUAAAUCAUAUAUUUACUUGGUCUUAUAUUCACAUACUAAUUUAACGUACAUAUUCAGAAAUACGAUUGUCGUAUGUUGUAUUUUUUAUUAAAUGUAUAUAUCAUUCAACAUCAACAUAUUUUGGAAAAAAUAAAAUAUUUAUUCUUUGAUUUGUAAGAAAACAAGAAUGUAUGCAUUUAUGGACAAAAUGUAUUGCUAAGGCUUGUUCUUAGAUGUGUCUCUGUUCGUGUCGUUUUUUUAAGUAAAACAUCCGACGAGGUAUUUAUUUACUGAUUUAUUUAUUGAUUUUGUAAUUAUGUAAAUGUAUUUGUCAUAAACAACACAGAAGCAUG